CCGGCCGUCCGCAAGCUCCGCGGCCGAUCGUCUGGGAACCGGGGCUCCGAGGGGUGCAGGCUUGAUGGCGGGAGGCUCAGGACUGUCCUCUGGCCACAAGUCCCCCGCCAUCGGUCAGGCGUGACCCCGGCCAAGCGACUCUGAGGAAAGCGAGCCCCCCAAAACACAUCAGAGCAGCAGGAAGGAGAUGCAGCUGGUAUUGGCCCUUGUGGGGGUCCUUCUGGGGGCGCCUGGAAUGCCAGCUUGGGCCCUUGAAGUCUCUGAGGAGAUGGAGCUGGAGCCCUGCUCGGCCCCCAGUCUGGAGAAGCAAGAACAAGAACUGUUGGUGGCCAUCGGGCAAGCUGUGCAACUGUGCUGUGGGCAGGCUGAGCGUGGUGGCCAUUGGUACAAGGAGAGCAGUCGGCUGGCACCUGCAGGCCGGGUCCGGGGCUGGAGAGGCCGCCUGGAGAUUGCUAGCUUCCUGCCUGAGGAUGCCGGCCACUACUUCUGCCUGGCCCGAGGGUCUAUGAGCGUCCUGCACAACCUCACUUUGGUUGCAGAUGACUCGUUGACCCUCAGCCGUGGUGAUGAUGAGGACCCUCAAGGCCCCAGGGGCUCCUCCAAGGGCCAUGUGUACCCCCAGCAAGCACCCUACUGGACACACCCCCAGCGCAUGGAGAAGAAGCUGCACGCAGUGCCUGCUGGGAACACUGUGAAAUUCCGCUGCCCAGCUGCGGGCAACCCCACGCCCACCAUCCGCUGGCUGAAAGAUGGACAGGCCUUCUACGGGGAGAAUCGCAUUGGUGGCAUUCGGCUGCGGCACCAGCACUGGAGCCUGGUGAUGGAAAGCGUUGUGCCCUCCGACCGUGGCACCUACACCUGCCUCGUGGAGAACGCCGUGGGCAGCAUCCGUUACAGCUAUCUGUUGGAUGUGCUGGAGCGGUCCCCGCACCGGCCCAUCCUGCAGGCCGGGCUUCCGGCCAACACCACGGCUGUGGCGGGCAGCGACGUGGAGCUGCUGUGCAAAGUGUACAGCGACGCGCAGCCGCACAUCCAGUGGCUGAAGCACAUCGUCAUCAACGGCAGCAGCUUUGGCGCGGACGGCUUCCCCUACGUGCAGGUCCUAAAGACCGCAGACAUCAACAGCUCUGAGGUGGAGGUCCUGUACCUGCGCAAUGUGUCUGCUGAGGAUGCGGGCGAGUACACCUGCCUGGCCGGCAACUCCAUCGGCCUCUCUUACCAGUCAGCCUGGCUCACGGUACUGCCAGAGGAGGAUCUCACGUGGACAGCGGCCACGCCGGAAAGCAAGUAUAUGGACAUCAUCUUGUACGCCUCGGGCGCCUUUGUCUUGGCCGUGUUCCUGCUGCUGGCCGGCUUGUAUCGAGGGCAGGCCCUCCAUGGCCGCCACCCACGCCAGCCCGCCCCUGUGCAGAAGCUGUCUCGCUUCCCUUUGGCUCGGCAGUUCUCUCCGGAGUCCGGUUCUUGGGGCAAGUCAAGCUCGUCUUUGGUGCGGGGUGUCUGGCUGCCCUCCCCGGGCCCCCCCUUGCUGGCUGGUCUUGUGAACUUGGACCUUCCUCUGGACCCUCUGUGGGAAUUCCCUCGGGACAGGCUGGUACUUGGCAAGCCACUGGGAGAGGGCUGCUUCGGGCAGGUGGUUGGCGCAGAGGCCUUCGGGAUGGACCCCACCCAGCCGGACAAAACCAGCACUGUAGCUGUCAAGAUGCUCAAAGACAACGCCUCCGACAAGGACCUGGCCGAUCUGGUGUCGGAGAUGGAGGUGAUGAAGCUGAUUGGCCGACACAAGAACAUCAUCAACCUACUGGGUGUCUGCACCCAGGGAGGGCCUCUGUAUGUGAUCGUGGAGUGUGCAGCCAAGGGAAACCUUCGAGAGUUUCUCCGGGCCCGGCGACCCCCAGGCCCUGACCUCAGCCCCGACGGGCCAAGGAGCAGCGAGGGGCCCCUGGCUUUCCCAGGCCUGGUCUCCUGCGCCUACCAGGUGGCCCGGGGCAUGCAGUACCUGGAAUCCCGGAAGUGUAUCCACAGGGACCUGGCAGCCCGCAACGUGCUGGUGACUGAGGACAAUGUCAUGAAGAUCGCUGACUUCGGGCUGGCCCGUGGCGUCCACCACAUUGACUACUACAAGAAAAACAGCAAUGGCCGCCUGCCGGUCAAGUGGAUGGCGCCUGAGGCCUUGUUUGACCGUGUAUAUACACACCAGAGUGAUGUCGAUGACUUCCCUGGCUGGGAAGCCUCCCCUCUUGCCCCCCUCCAUCUCAGGUACGGGCUAAUGCGUGAGUGCUGGCAUGCCGUACCCUCCCAGAGACCCACUUUCAAACAGCUGGUGGAGGCCUUGGACAAAGUCCUGCUGGCUGUCUCUGAGGAGUACCUUGAUCUGCGCCUGACCUUUGGCCCCUACGCCGCCCCUUCCGGUGGGGACUCCAGCAGCACCUGCUCCUCCAACGAUUCUGUCUUCAGCCACGACCCCCUGCCCCUGACAUCCACUUCCUUCCCCUUUCCGGGGGUGCAGACAGGAACUGGGGUGUGAGGUGGGGCUGGCGGGCAGGCCCCAUGGUCCUGGGCCUCGUGGCUGACACAGUGGAUAACUCUGGCUGCUCCGAUCUCUGCUUUGGGGAGACCCCCCCCUUCAUCUUGGGGAUAAAGCUUCCUGCUGCGUUCCCAAUCCACAGCGCCAACCCCACCGUGCAGGUUGGAGAUUCCACGCCGUGGUUUUGUGUAGUGCUGGGGCUUGAACUC